AUGAAAGAGCAACUUUAUCUGUUUAUUCAGACCUCUGGAGAUUCUCUUAGAAGUUAUUCUUUCCAGAGCAUUAAUGUGGGCAUUAUGUUGUGCAGCUCUGGUAAGUGUCAAAUUAUUCACUGGAGACAAGGGCACAAGUAUGAAUGCCAUCCUCCAAUCACCAGCAGCCAUGUCUACGAUGCAGGAAAUGACUCUGGUCAAAAGGCAGUAUUGAGAAAACAGUGCGAGUUUUCUGAUGACAAUUUGGAGAUUGAAGGCUUCUCUACGGCCACUGGCACAAAUGAAACAUUGGUUGAUGUUUCGGACUGUGAGUUGCCUAUUUUGAGUGCAUCUGAUGGAUUAGAGGGACGUCAACCCAAGGCUGAUAAACUUAAGAAUACCCCUGAUGUUAAAGAUAUGGAGCUAAUUAAAUUACUACCAUCAGAAUUUCCUAGUUCAGUCAAUUCUGUAAAUAGUUCUUUUUCUUGUAAAUUAAAGCAGGAGAAAUCCAGUGUUACUGCUGGAGAGGAUCACUGCUACUCAGCUGGUUAUGCAGAUUCAAGAGUUGUUCAUCAAUUUAAAGCUUCAAAAAUCUCAGUAUCCAACCCAUUAGGGUUUGGCACCGAGGUUGCUGGAAUAUACAAUUGCAAGGUGAUCUUUCCAUAUGAUCUAUUCGUCAAACUCUACAAUUCAGAAAAAUUGGAACUGUGUCCCUUUGGCCUCACAAACUGUGGUAACAGCUGUUAUGCUAAUGCUGUGCUCCAGUGCCUGGCAUUUACUUUACCUCUUACCUCCUAUCUUCUUCGAGGACUCCACUCUAAAGCAUGUUCAAAGAAAGAGUGGUGUUUCACCUGUGAGUUUGAGGGCUUAAUUCUGAAGGCAAAGGAGGGGAAAUCUCCACUGUCCCCGAUUGGGAUACUCUCACAAAUACAAAGCAUUGGCAGUCAUCUUGGUUGUGGUAGAGAAGAAGAUGCCCAUGAAUUUUUAAGGUAUGCUAUUGAUGCAAUGCAAUCUGUUUGCCUGAAGGAAGCGGCGGUUAAUACAGUAGACCAGAUGGCUGAAGAGACAACUCUUGUAGGCCUGAUAUUUGGGGGUUACCUUCGAUCUAAGAUAAAUUGUAUGAAAUGCCAAGGAAAAUCUGAGCGGCAUGAACGGAUGAUGGAUCUUACUGUUGAAAUACAGGGGGACAUUGGAAUCCUCGAAGAGGCUCUAGCAGAGUUUACAGCCACUGAAACAUUGGAUGGAGAGAACAAGUACCACUGUGGCAGAUGCAAAUCUUAUGAGAAAGCGAAAAAGAAGUUGACAGUGUCCGAAGCUCCUAAUGUCCUUACAAUUGUUUUGAAGCGAUUUCAGUCUGGUAAAUUUGGAAAGCUUAAUAAGUUUGUUAAGUUUCCAGAGAUCCUGAAUUUGGCUCCAUAUAUGAGUGGGACAAGUGACAAAUCCCCAAUAUACCAGUUAUAUGCAGUGGUGGUUCACUUGGACAUUAUGAAUGCUGCAUUUUCUGGUCACUACGUGUGUUAUGUUAGAAAUGUCCGGGGAAAGUGGUUCAAGAUUGAUGACAGCACGGUAAAACCCGUUGAGCUUGAGAAUGUCUUAUCAAAGGAGGCAUACAUGCUUCUUUAUGCCAGGUUCUCACCACGGGCCCCAAGUUUGAGUAGGAAAUCAAUGAUAUCUACUGACCGCAAAAUGAAAAGCAGUAGAUGCUCAGAAGCUGUUAACAACAGUGCAAGAAGUACCACAUCCAAGUCCAGAACUAGCAUGGUUCCUAACAUUGGCCCUGCAAUGGUACAAAGGGUGACUGAAGGCUACACUCCUUGGAUGACUACGGAUGGCGCUGCCAGCUUUGAAUCAUUUGAUUCUGAUGAAGACAAGUUCCAUCUGAUGCAUAGGAUGCAUGAAGUGGAUUCAUUGAGUGAUAAUUCUUCCCUCUUCAGCUGCUCAGAUGCUGGUUCUUGCAGUACUGAAAGCACGAGGGACUCGACCGGUACCGAAGAUUUCUCUGAUUACAUAUUUGGGGAACAAGGACGCAGUUGGAAUAGUCCAAGGGUCUCGUCAGACUCAGAUAGUUCUUCCUCCUCCCCCUUAUGCUCGCUUCCUCCCCCGGUAAACUUGAAGAGGUAUGAAUUGGAUUCUCCUGAGACUAGUGGGUAUCAGAUUCACACUAUGGGUCCAGUGCCAGAGGCUGAUAAAGUUUGGAUGAGGCAGUCUCAAGGGAGCAGAAGGAAAGAGCAUUUGCAAGGGAAGGGAAACCCUCCCCUUUCACACUCUGACACAACUAAACCCUGUAGAAAGUCCACAAACCGCUGUAGUAGUAGUAGUAGUAGUAGUAGUAGAUGUAGCUGUAGGGAGACUGACUCAAAGAAAUUUAGUUGGAUUAACCAUUUUGAUGUGAGAUCUGGUGUAUCAUUGAGAAGAUCUGUGAGGGAAAGAACGGCUCAAACAUUAUAUUAAAUGGUUUGAGUUGUGGAGAAAAAUAAGAGUUUAAAAGCUGUAUGUAUGUUACACUUAUGCCUAUUAGUGGGAAAAACUGGCUACCAUUCUUUGUCUGUCAA